AUGAUCAGAGGUGGAUGGCGUGUGCUAGGUGUGGCCAAAGCAGCUAAUUCGAUAUGUAUAGCGGUGAAUAUGUCCGUAAGUGGGGGCCUGAGACACGUGAUACGGCACUCUCAGGUUGAAAAAUCGCAUAUUUGUGCCGGAUGCUUUUACAGGGCAUUUUCGGCACGUAGGGAUGGUGUCAGUGGUGAGGAUUGGAGCUUGUUUGGUGGUGGAAAGAUCGAGAAUUCCUUGUUGCAGGGAUCAGGUGGAAAAAAGAAGAUGGGUGGUGGAUUGGAGACGAAACAUAGAAAGGCUAGUGGUGAACUGAAAAACGAGCAGAAAGGGGAUCUAGUUUGCGCAUCGUGUGGUGUUGAGCUGCAGGAUACAGACCCCGAUGGGGCUGGGUACUACAAAAAAAGGCGUAUGGACAAAAACAGCAGAAUAUUGGACUAUUUGGCCUCGGCAAAGGAGAAAAUGGUGCAGGAGAGAGAAAAGAUCGUGCUUGGAAAAUUCGAGAAACUUGAGGCAGGUAUCCAGCUGAAGCCGAAGAUGGAUGAUACGGUGGACCGGAGGGUGUUCUGUGAGCGGUGUCUUGGCAUCAUGCAUCGGGCGGAGUACGAUUUGAAGCCUAGAACCCUCAUUUCAGUCCAGGAUGUGAUGAAAAGCAUUCCGGCGGAUGCAAAUGUGGUCAACGUUGUUUCUGCACUUGACUUCCCGCUGGGACUCAGCCGGGCAGUCAACAAGGGUCGCGAUCCGUCGAAGUUGUGGUACAUUGUGACGAAAGCGGACGCUUUUUACUCGGAGAAGGUGCAGCUCGAAAGAUUGGGAAUUAAGUAUUUUCGCGAUUCCAUCUCUUCUCUUGUUGGUGCAGACCCCAACCACGUCUUUCUUGUGUCGGGGAAGCUAGGCUGGAGUACGGAGAUGCUUCUAGAAAAGCUUCCGGGUGGGAAAAUGUACUUUGUGGGGAGAACAAACAGUGGAAAAAGCACGUUGGUGCGAACUCUCAUAUAUCGCGAUGACCGCACUCUUAACUCGGCCAGCCACUACGGGCCGGGCAUAUCGAGCAUCCCGGGGCUCACGGUUGGCCACUUGAAGUACAAAAUGAAGCAUACGGGGGACAUAUUGGUGGAUACGCCCGGGUUUUGGCCACAGGGUGGCGGGGUGUACAAAUACAUGCUAAAGGAACGAAUCAGGGAGCUUAGCAAAGUUGCCACGUAUGCAUCAGCAUGCGGAAACCGCUGGAAGACACGCACGCCAAGAAUUCUUGGCAAGAAGAUGUUCAACGGGGCCAGGGUGUACACAAUAGGCGGGUUUUUCUACCUCAAACCGCCGGUUGGGGCCGUUAUCCGUGUUUUCACCGGAAUCCGGGGGCCCGAGGCUGCUUUUAGGAAUAUCACGCGUGCUAAGGUGGUCAGCAGCAACCGGAAUUCGACCAAUGAGGACGACUACUUCGUCAAUAAGAAGGCAGCGCUGAAUCUUGUGCGAUACGUGAUUCCUCCUUUUUACGGUAGCAUCGAUGUAGUCCUGCGAGAUGUGGGGUACUUCAUGAUUACUCCAUGCGGAAAGUUCGGCAACGAUGACGUUUACGAGGUGUAUGUGCCCAAAGGGGUCGAAGUUGUCGUCAGGGAAAGCAUCUUUAAGUAUUUAUACAAAACGAGAAGUUCCAGAGACGAAACUGGCAACCUACUCUCCAAACGCAACAUGCCGCGACGUGGGGUUCCUGUGCUCCGAAAGGUGCCUUCUCACAAGCUGAUUUUCACCUCUUUGUACCGCGUUCCGAAGGAAAUGCCCCAUAUGGAGGCUGCAAUGACUGUUGUUCCGAAUUACGAGUUUAUGGAACAUUUCGACACUCAGAAUACCGAGGCCACGUAUCCAAACACUUACUGGAAGAUGCCCAAGCUAGAUUAG